CAUUCGUAAGUCAGGCUCAUAUUGCUUGUCUUAGUGUCAUCAGUGCUCACUUGUCCGGUGGUGUGUGGGGCUGAUCUUGGAGGGGGUAUCUGUGGUUCCUAUACAUUGUAUUUUGGAAGAUACUUGGCAUGGCUUCAGGAGGGACAGGGGAUGAACUUGUUUUCUUUGUGAACGGUAAAAAGGUAGUAGAAAAAAAUGCUGACCCAGAAACGACUCUAUUAAUCUACCUACGAAGAAAAUUGGGCCUAUGUGGAACAAAGCUAGGCUGCGGAGAAGGUGGAUGUGGUGCUUGUACAGUUAUGAUAUCCAAGUAUGAUAACCUCCAAAAGAAAAUCAUCCACUACUCUGCAAAUGCUUGCCUCUUCCCCAUCUGUGCCCUGCAUCAGGUAGCAGUAACUACUGUCGAAGGCAUAGGAAACACAAAAACAAGGCUGCACCCAGCCCAGGAGAGAAUAGCAAAAAGCCAUGGAUCCCAGUGUGGCUUUUGCACUCCUGGCAUUGUCAUGUCCAUGUAUGCCUUACUUCGCAGCACACCUGAGCCCAACAUGGAGGAGAUAGAAGGUGCUUUUCAAGGAAACCUGUGUCGCUGUACUGGAUACAGACCAAUUCUGGAGGGGUACAGGACGUUUGCUAAAGAUUGGGGUUGCUGUGGGAGAGCAGCCAAUGGCCCAGGGUGCUGUAAGACUGAAAAGGAAAACAGUGCAAACCGGGGCUGCUGUGGAAAAAGAGCCAAUGGCCCAAGUUGCUGCAUGAAUGAGAAAGAAGAAAAUGCAGUAACAAUAUCUUCCAGUUUGUUCAAUCCAGCUGAGUUCCAGCCUUUAGAUCCCACACAGGAGCCUAUCUUCCCACCAGAGCUACUGACUCAGAAUAGCAAACCCCAUAAACAACUAUGUUUCAAAGGCGAGCGCGUGAUGUGGAUCCAGCCCACAACACUCCAAGAAUUGGUAGCACUCAAAGCCCAGCACCCCAAUGCCAAGCUUGUGGUAGGGAACACGGAAGUGGGUAUCGAGAUGAGGUUAAAGAAUAUGCUGUACCCAGUGAUAUUAGCACCAGCUUGGAUUCCUGAAAUGAAUUUUGUUCAGCAUACAGAUAAAGGGAUUGCCUUUGGUGCUUCCUGCACCCUGAGCCUGGUGGAAAAGGUGCUGAGUAAAGCUGUAGCUGAGCUAUCUCCUUACAAAACAGAGGUGUUCAAGGCUGUACUAGAGCAACUGCGAUGGUUUGCAGGACUGCAGAUCAGAAACGUGGCAUCUCUCGGAGGGAAUAUAAUGACUGCCAGCCCAAUUUCUGACCUAAACCCUGUAUUUAUGGCAAGUGAGACCCAACUGACUUUGGCAUCAACAGAGGGCAAAAGGAUUGUAACAAUGGAUGAAAAGUUCUUUACUGGCUACAGAAAGACAAUGCUAAAGCCUGAGGAGAUACUGUUGUCAGUUGAGAUACCCUACAGCAGGAAGGGUGAAUAUUUCUCAGCCUUCAAGCAGGCUUCCCGGCGUGAGGAUGACAUUGCUAUAGUGACCUGUGGAAUGAGAGUCCUGUUUCAAGAGGACAGCCAUCGAGUGCAAAAGAUUAAACUGAGCUAUGGAGGAAUGGCUCCCACAACUGUACUGGCAGUAAAAACUUGCCAGAAACUCAUUGGAAGAGACUGGAAUGAAAAACUGAUGCAGGAGGCCUGCCAUUUGUUGGCAGAUGAGAUGAACCUGUCUCCUUCAGCCCCAGGUGGGAUGGUGGAUUUCCGACGCAUACUCACGCUCAGUUUCUUCUUUAAGUUUUACCUGACCGUGCUUCAGAAAUUAAGUCAGCAGCUCAAUGGCAAUAAUAACUUGAGUGAGAUGCUUCCCUCCAGUUACCUGAGUGCCACUGAGCUGUUUCACAAAGAUCCCAUUGCCAACGUCCAGCUUUUCCAAGAAGUGCCUCCAGGACAAGCUGUGGAAGAUACAGUGGGCCGACCUCUGAUGCACCUUUCGGCGGCCAAACAGGCAUGCGGAGAGGCUGUCUACUGUGAUGACAUACCUCACUAUGAAAAUGAACUCUACUGUACAUUGGUUACCAGCACCAAAGCUCAUGCCAAAAUCAUUUCUGUAGAUACAACUGAAGCCCAGAGUGUCCCUGGCUUUGUGUGUUUCAUCUCUGCUAAGGAUAUUCCUGGGAGCAAUGUCACUGGGAUUGCUAACGAUGAGACUGUCUUUGCUGAUGACACAGUUACUUGUGUGGGCCACAUCAUUGGUGGUGUUCUCGCAGACACUCAAGAACAUUCCCGAAGAGCUGCUAAAGCUGUGAAGAUCAAAUAUCAAGACCUCACACCUAUUGUCACAAUUGAGGAAGCUAUUGAGAAAAAGUCCUUUUUUAAGCUUAUAAGGAAGAUUAACAAAGGAAAUGUCCAGAAAGGAUUUGAAGAGUCUGACCACAUUUUGGAAGGGGAGAUGUAUAUUGGUGGGCAGGACCACUUUUAUCUGGAGACUCACUGUACCGUUGCUGUGCCAAAAGGUGAAGAUGGGGAGAUGGAGCUCUUUGUGUCCACCCAGAAUCUAACAAAGACACAGGAAUUUGUUGCCAAUGUAUUAGGUGUGCCCUCAAAUCGAAUUUUGAUUCGAGUGAAGAGAAUGGGAGGAGGGUUUGGAGGAAAGGAGACCAGAAAUACUAUUUUGUCAACAGUUGUAGCUGUAGCUGCAUUCAAGACUGGUUUUCCAGUACGAUGCAUGCUCGAUCGUGAUGAGGACAUGCUAAUUAGUGGUGGAAGGCAUCCCUUUUUGGGGCAGUAUAAGGUUGGCUUUAUGAACAACGGGAAAGUCAAUAGUCUGGAGGUGUCCUAUUAUUCCAAUGGUGGCAACUCUGUAGACCUAUCUUAUGGCGUUAUGGAAAGGGCUUUGUUUCAUUUGGAUAAUACUUACAACAUCCCUAAUGUCAGCAGCCUGGGCAUCGUCUGUAAAACUAACCUCUCCUCCAACACAGCGUUCCGUGGCUUUGGUGGUCCACAGGGAAUGAUGAUUGCUGAGUGCUGGAUGCAUGACAUUGCUAUGAAGUGUGGCCUGCCAGCAGAGCAGGUGAGAAAACUGAAUUUGUACAAUGAAGGAGACCUGACCCACUUUAAUCAAAAGCUUGAGGGAUUUACUGUGCAGAGAUGUUGGGAAGAGUGUCUGGAGAGCUCAAACUAUCAUGCCAGAAGGAAACUCAUAGAUGAAUUCAACAGACAGAAUCGCUGGAAGAAGAGGGGGAUGGCCAUUAUUCCUACAAAGUUUGGAAUCAGCUUCACUGUUCCCUUUUUGAACCAGGCUGGGGCUCUGCUGCAUGUAUAUACAGAUGGUUCAGUGCUGCUUACGCAUGGUGGAACUGAGAUGGGUCAAGGACUUCACACCAAGAUGAUCCAGGUUGCCAGCAAAACUCUGGGAAUUCCCACAUCGAAAAUUUACAUCAGUGAGACGAGCACUAAUACAGUCCCAAAUACGUCUCCAACAGCUGCUUCUGUCAGCUCUGACAUUAACGGGAUGGCUGUCUAUAAUGCAUGCCAGACUAUUUUAAAAAGGCUGGAGCCAUUCAAACAGUCUAACCCUAAAGGAUCCUGGGAAGACUGGAUUCAAGCAGCCUAUGUCAACUGUGUGAGCCUGUCAGCCACAGGGUUUUAUAAAAUGCCUGACCUUGGAUAUGACUUUGAUAAAAAUGAAGGGAAGCCUUUCUGCUACUUCACAUAUGGUGUUGCUUGCUCUGAGGUUGAGAUAGAUUGCCUGACAGGUGACCACAAGAACCUUCGCACCGACAUAGUUAUGGAUGUUGGCACCAGCCUGAACCCAGCCAUAGAUAUAGGACAGAUAGAGGGAGCGUUUGUACAGGGCAUUGGGCUCUUUACACUGGAGGAACUGCGCUAUUCACCUGAAGGAAACUUAUACACCCGAGGGCCUGGAAUGUACAAGAUUCCUGCAUUUGGAGACAUCCCGUCAGAAUUCCAUGUGUCUCUUCUCCGCAACUGUCCAAAUAGCAAAGCAAUUUAUUCAUCCAAGGCUGUGGGAGAGCCCCCACUGUUCCUCUCUGCCUCCGUGUUUUAUGCCAUUAAAGAUGCCAUCUUCUCAGCGAGGAGAGAGUCUGGCCUGACAGAGCCAUUCAGACUUGACAGUCCUGCCACCCCAGAAAGGAUCCGAAAUGCUUGUGUUGACAUCUUCACCAAAUUGUGUCCAUCUGCUGAACCAGGGACCUUUAAGCCAUGGUCCGUGAGGGCAUAAAAGGGAAGAUGAAGAACAAACUCUGCUCAUGAAACUGGCUUUACCUUACAGGACCAAAAGAGAAAUAGUGAAGCAGGAGAGGAAUCUGUAUUCAUGUGGUUCAUCCAUUGAUUCAUGAAGCUUUCUAAUUCAAUUGUUGAAUCAUUUCCUUAAGGGAAGGGUAUUGCUGGCAAUUAUUGCUGUGAUGUAAAUGUAAAUGAAGAGUAAAUUGAU